GUGUGUGUGUGUGUGUGUGUGAGUUUGUAAAACCUACCAACCGGGGAAAAUCGUAUGAAUACACACCAACAAACCGGGGAACACCUUCCAACCGGGGAAUUCCCCGGUUGGUUUUAGGCGAAAAUCUCUAAUCUACGUGAAUGAAAUACCAAACUGUCAAUUUAAAUUAGAAAUCCAACGCCUUCCCCGAUUAGCGGGUUUGUGGCAUGCACAAAAUAUACACAAAUCUUCACCAUAUUACAAUCGAGUGUGUAUCCAGGCUUAUAACAGUUCCCCGGUUGCGCUGUUUAAAAAUCAUACACUCGGUAUUUAUAUCAUUUAGUGAAAGUCAGUUGGAAAAAUGGAGUUUCGAGCGAACAAACGCAUUAAACUAAGGCAACACAAUGACUACUAGAUCUACGGACAGCCAGGAACCAGGACAAACAACAUCCGUACACACGGGAGAAGUCGAUGAGACGAGUACCGAAACUAAAGAACAUAGCGACACUGCACACGAGUACAAUUCACAAGAUGCAGCAGAAAAUAUGUUGAACAGUGAAUCAUCGGAUAUCGAUGAUAGUGACAAUGACAAAGACUAUAUUCCGGAAGAAGGCGAUGCAGCGUCAGAUGAGUCGAUAGUUGUCGAACUCAUACCAAACAUUCAAAGAUUUCAAAAGAAGACAGCGUCAACACUACCUCCUGUUGAAUCCUUGCAAUCUCGUGAACGUGACGAAUCAUCCGCAAAGGCACACAAAACCAACAUCACCAUCGCUCAAACAAAUAACAGUGAAUACAGACAUUACGAUAAGAGAUUUUAUUGCAUGUUUUGCGAAAAGGCUCAAAUAAAACUAAAAAAAACAUUUGCUUUUGCAGCAUAAAGAUGGGCAAGAUGUGAAAGAUCUAUUAAAUACGGAAAAUUCAGCAGAAAAUAAAAAGAUGUAUGAAAAAAUAAGGAACGUAGGGAACCAUCUCCAUAAUGUUAAAGUAUUGCGAGAUGGCCAAGGACAGCUGUUUGUGUCAUACAGACAAAGUCACAAUCAACGCGUAGCUGCAGACGAGUAUGGACCUUGUCCUUACUGUUACGGGUAUUACCCGAAGAAAAUCCUGUGGAGGCACACUCAAAAAUGUAAGUUAACAAUGCGGCGGGAUCAAGAAAACGACUCGCUUUAGAGAGCAGCCUGCUAUUACCAAAAUCAAAAGAAGGAAGCACUAUUUUAAGACGAGUAAUCGAGUCCAUGAGAAACGACGAAAUAAGUCGCAAAGUCAAAAGUGAUAAUACAAUCCUUGCAUUCGGUGAAAAACUCUGUACAAAAAGGGGCCAUGAUGAAAAGCAACACAAUUAUAUUAGACAGAAGUUAAGAGAAGUUGGUAGAUUGCUGAAAGACAUGCGAUCUUGUCCAGGCAAUGUUGAAAAGUCUUUGGAGAAUUUCAUGUAUCCAGAUGCUUUCAAAUUUAUUACACAAUCUUGCAAAAACGUUGCAGGCUUCGACGGAAACACCAAUACUUAUGCUACACCAUCAUUAGCCUUAAAGAUUGGCACAACGCUUCAGAAAUGUCUAAAAAUUCUAAUUUUGAAAGGAAUCGAAACAAACAACCAGGAUCUGCAAACAAGGGCUGAGGAGCUUUCCAAACUAUUUGAAAUUAAUUGGACGGAUGACGUGUCUUCCAAUGCCUUAAGAACACUUCAUGAGGCUAAGCAGAACAGUCAGAAAGAACUGUUGCCAUUGGCAAAUGAUGUCAAAGUAAUGUCUGAAUACUUACGACAUGAAGCAGAAACACAUGCAAAUACCUUACAAGAAUCAGCAAGUGAUUGCGAGAAAAGGCAAGCAUGGCAUAAGUUGUCUGAAAUCUGCUUGUGUUUAAUCGAAACGAUCAGACGAUGUGUCAAAAUGACAGUCGAAGAAUAUUCAAAAAACAAAUUGACAAAUGACGAUGGAGAAUUAGAUUGAUGUUUCACAAAACUGGAAAAAAACCUGUGCCGUUAUUUUUACCGUACAGAGAUUAUUGCAAAACGAGGUCGAAUAGCUGCAGUACUGUUUCCAAGACAGGUGAAAGAAAAUAUCGACCUGCUCAUACGCAGCAGAAAUUCUCUAACAAACUGUUUAAAUAGUAAAUAUCUUUUCCCAACAAAAUCUGCAUCAUCGCAUAUUCGUGGGACAGAUGUAUUACGUUCAAUUGCAAUUGACUGUGGAGCUGAACAUCCGAAAAGGCUUCGUUCUACAAUGACUAGGCUUUUUAACUUGUCUGAAAAUGAAAUAGACAUUCUAGCUAAAUUUCUUGGUCACGACAUUCGGGUACAUAGAGAAUUCUACAGAUAACCAGAUGGAACCAUGCAGGUUGCCAAAGUCAGCAAGCUGCUCAUGAUGAUGGAAAAUGGGCAAAUUACCAGAAAUUCUGUCAAUUCGCUAGACGAUAUUGAUGUGGACGACGAAUGUAUUGUAGAUGAACAAUAUUCUUCUGAAUUAUCAGAAAAUGAAAAUACUGAAGACCUUGAAACUCUGCUUCCCAGCACCAGUCAACCAAAAAUAACAGACAAAG